UAGUCUCGAACGAAACGCGCUCAGUGGAAUACGCGUCGCGAAAACAUCGAUAAAAUCGACCACAAAACAUCGAUAACGCAUAUUUUAUUUUAAAAGAAUAUUGUAAAGGUUCUACUUUCAACUUUCAAUAAGUUACUUAGGAAUUUACGUUUGAGGAAAAAUAACCAGUUAAUUUGAUUACAGCGCAAUUUAUUCGGUAUUAAAGUCAAAUCUUGCAUCUGAGCACAUUGUUAAGUUGCGGGCUGUUGCAAGUUCUCACGCACACAAUAGUGAUGUCAAUCUGACUGUAUCCAGUGCACAAGUGUCGACAUGUCGGGACGCAGGCAGUAUUUUUGGGUGUUCGCAACACUCGCCUUGUUUCUUGUUGCUGUUGCUCAGACGGGCGCACGAGUGAAGAGUCCGGUCACACGUUUCACGUGUCGCGGCCGAGCGGCGGGGUACUAUGCAGAUGUGGACACCGGCUGCCAGGUGUACCACAUGUGCGACGGCCUCGGGCGGCAGUUCAGCUACUCGUGCCCCAACACCACGCUGUUCCAGCAGCGCAUGCUGGUCUGCGACCACUGGUACAUGGUCAACUGCACCAACUCCGAGAGCGACUAUGACGCUAAUUUACUCAUCGGUCAAAGGGACAAGCCGUUCGUGUCAGACUCCGACAUGCGGCAGCGCACGCCGCGCCCGGAUAUACUCUCCGUGCCGCCUAACAGCAACUACUACGAUGGACUGAAGGAAGCUGAAAGCAAAUUCCCAUUCCACCCGGACAACAGUAUCGUGGGUAUUUCGGAAUCGAUCUCAAGCGAAAAUGAUUUGGACAGUGACAAGCAUAACUAUAGACCACCUACUUCGUGGUCGAUGAAAACCAAGAGACCAGCUCCUGUGGCCGGCAUAGAUACCAAUGAAGAUAACUUAAACUUCAACAUACUGAAACCAAAGAGAAGAGACCCUGUCAUCAAUAUAGAUACAAAUGAAGAUCAAUUUGAUUUCAAUAACGAAAAACCAAGAUUCAAACCAUCCUUUAAAGAUACCAAUAAUAAAAAAGAAGUUGUUUUCAAACAACCAGCAUCUGAGCAAACAUUUGAAGCGAACAGGAUAAGACAAAGCGUUAAGGUUCCUGUACCAUCAAAGGAAUUAGUUGUUCCUUUACCGCCUACAAGUGACAGUGAAUCUGAGGAAUAUGAACUUGACUUGAGAGUUAAAACAGAAGAUCCUGUAUAUAAUUUCAUAAAACGCUUUGACCCGAAUUCACCAGACUCCAUAAAAACGACCAUGACACGUUCAGAAAUUAUAGAUUUGAACAAACAUUUACCUGAUGCUCAAGUGAGUUCUGAAGAAGAGAGAACUCCACGCAAAAAUAAAAAUUUCGGUAACAACGUCAAUGUUUUGCAAAACGAUAAGAAAAAAAGUUUUUCAGAUAGUACGAGAGUUGAAAAAGUAAACGAAAAGCCUGACAUAAACACUGAAUCAAACGACAAUUCUGUAAUAGUGCCAUCCAAAGAACUUCAGCCUCCUAAAAAUGACAUCACUCCCAUAGUAUCCACUACUAUGGGACCUCCAAUUUAUUAUGAAUGGAAAUGGGCUGUACCAGCAUUCGAUUUAGAACCUCCUAAACUAAGCAACGAGACUAAAGUCAACACAACGAAACCAGUCAAACCAGUGAAAAGGCCUUUCAGUGAUAACGUUAGAACAACUCCCAAAUCAGUGGAUGUAAAAACUAGUAAUACAGAGUAUAAUAUUAGUUCCUAUUUCGUCCCAGACUUUGUGUUCCCAUUAGAUAGGCCACAUCCAGGGUACGACGAUGAAUCUGCGCAGACGUCCUUCCAAGUAGAAGUAUCUAGACCUGGAAGAGCGAGUUACGGGGAAAAUCCUGAUUGCCCACAAUGCCAUCCCGCGUACGUUAAUCCUGGCACUUGCGAACCAUGUAUUGUUAAGCGGUAACAUUAAAGAUUACUAACAAAUUAUGAUAGUUCAUUUAGGUUAAGUAAACAAGUCCAAUUCAGUUUAAAUUAUAAUUGCUUUAAAGUCAGUAGAGCAGUGAAGCUAAGAAUGCAGGCAUAGUAUAUAAGAUGGAAUGACGGAGAAAUCCAUAAGUACAGUCAUUUUUAACAAAACUUCUUUGCGUCAUUCGAGAAGUACCCUACCUACACAGCUUGGAACUGCUAGAUUUUGUUGUUUAAUUCCUCUAUGUUUAAUGCUAGUACCAGUUACAUGAGUAAUCUUUAAAGUGCCUUAAACAAAUUAAGGUAAUAUUAGAUAUAAAUCUCCUAUAUCAAUAAGUUACUCGGGCUCCGAAAUUCGGCCGUACGGGAGGCGUCGAGCGAACUCAUUGUACCAACGUCGGCGCCGUGAGGUUCGAAUGUCUAACUAUUAAUGUGAAUCAAGUACCUAACGCAGACGCUAAUUAUAGCUAAUUUAUAGACCAGUCCGUCAGCUAAACCAGACUAUCAACUUUGUACAUAAUACUUAAUUAUCUGAAGAUAUUAGUUGAUAUCCGUGACAUUGAGACUUUAGAUUUUUUCCUGUUUCCUAAAAUCUUGAACUCUUUUAGUUAGUUUUUUUAUCUUGUUUACCAAAAUAUCCGCCAUGCCUAUAAUAAUUAAGAAUAACAUGAGCUUCAUAUAAUGUCUAAAAUGAAUACCUACCUUUAAAUUAUUAGCUAAGUUACCUAUUAUAGUACAAGUUUAAAACACAUAUGUAUGAAAUUAAGUUACCGUCAAAUUAGAUUUAAAUACUCGUAAAUUAUAUAUUUUUUAUUAUUUAUAAUUUUGUAUACAUUUUGUAAGUUACUAUAUUGUUUAUCUACCUAGAUGCCUCUUUUAUAAUAAACUAUUAAGUUUUACCAAUAAACAUUAAAAAAAAACAA